UAUAUUUGACGUUAGCGUUCGUUUGCUUUCUACUACGGUUUUGUUUGAAUUUUAAGAUUUGACAGAUGGCAUAAAAGCGGUCAACGCUCUGAAAAGUUGUUAUUAUUUUAAAAAUUAAUUAUACAGAAAUUUUCUAAGCUUAUUAGAGAAACAGAUGUUGCUAUGACUUCCGAAAAUGACGUCUUAAAAACAAAUGAAUUCCUACGAAGGCGGAAAUUGAGACUGCAACAAGUUAGAGAACAAUCAAAAGACAUAGCUAAGAAAAUUAGACAACGUGCUAAAGUAGAAAAGUUGCGGCAUGUUGUACAUAUUGACUCUAAAAAGGAAAAAGAAUAUUUAGAGUGCCAAGAGAAGUUAGUGAAACGCUUGGAAUUACUCUAUUCUAAGAACUUGCAAAAUGUCGGAACUAGUCAUAAACAGGCAGUGGAAGUUAGUGAAUCAGAAGUAUUAGAGAAAGUAGAUUUAUCAAAGUUACGUGGAAAAGAAGCAGUUGCAGAAUUAAGGAAACAAAAACAAGAAAAAUUAGAUGAACAAAAGAAACUUUUAGACAGGAAGCUACAAGCAAGAGAGGCAGCGAAUGAAAUAAGCCGUGAGAAAUCUUCUACUAUUGCUAAGAAUUUGACUAGACAGACAAAGAAAGUUGAUCAACAACCUAAUAAAUCAGCAAGUAAUUUUGAAAAUGUCAAUGAUAAAAAUGAGAAUAAAGAUUCUCAAAAAAGCAACCCUGAUAUGACAAAAACAGAUAUGGCCACACAGUGGGAUUCGGGAGAGGUGCCAAGCGAAUGGGUUCCUAAUGUACCACAAUUAUUAUUACCUAAAGAAAGUGCAGCUGAUGAAGCAGUUGAGAACACAGAAAAAUCAGACAAUAAUAAGAGACCUAACUUAUUUGCAUUGAGCGAGGAUAUGCCAUCCAGCUUACGAGGUGGAUUAUCAAGUGUUCCAGAACAGCUUGUCCCAUUAAAACCUUCUUUGACUCUUGUAUCUGAAUAUUUGCAAAAUAGAAAUUUACGGUUAAGGCAAUUUGAACCAAUCAAAAAACCAACAGACGAUUUGCAAAGCAUUAAACAGACAAUCCUUCGUACUAGAGCUUCGAGAACAGAUGGUAGUGUAUUUGACAAUAUUUGCCAUGUUUUAGAUGAACAAGUUAUUCCAGUGCCUUCCUGGCAAGCCGAAAAAAACCUUUCCUUUUCAGGUAAUAAAGAAAAAUCCUUUAGGUCCAAUGAUCCAGAAGUUACUCGAAAGAAAUCUAUAUCCGUCUAUAAUCAUAAUACAAGGGAUAUCAAGGAUGUACCAUAUGGGAAAGAACCAUUUGUUUCUCAUGAAAGGAGAAGUGAAGAAGAUGCCUAUUCUCAAGCAUUGCAAGAAACGGCUAGUGCAAGUAAUGUGGAGAAAGAAAAGCUUCACAAAAAGCAGCAGGACAUGAGAAAUAAAAUCGCUGUAACUAAACAGAAUGUGGAUAAAGAGUACAGAGAUACUUUAGCAUUUUUAAAUUCUCUUUCUAAAGACAAGGAUGUUAGUCAUACAACAUAUGUAGAUGAUCAACGGAGACAAAUACAAAAUGCCAAACGUCAAAGGGAGAUGCAGCAAGAAUUCCAAAAAAUUGAAAAAGAAUGUCACAAACAAAAUUGCAAGAGUCGGAGUAAAUCUAAAUCACCAGUGAACAUUGAUGAUCAACAAAGAAGAAAUUUCGAAUAUUCCUGGAUGCCAGUGCCUGAGAGUGACGACAAUUUUACAAUUCACACUCUUCCUACAACAACCAAAACAAAGUCUGGCAAUACAGUUAAGUUUAGUGAACCCAAUAGCUACCAUGAAUACAGAUCAAGGCAUAAACACACUCCACCGACUAAAGAUGUAAAUGAUGAUAGACGUAGCAAGAAAAUUGUUGAAACUGUUAUUGUACAACAAAAUAACCACGAUGAUGAGAGUAUACCUGUCUCCGAAACUAGCUCUGUUGAAAAUAUGAGUCUUGAAAGUGAUGAAACUGAACUUAACGUUGGCUCGAAAUUAAGAGACGCCGAUAGAAUUAUUAUAUACAAGAUUUUAGAUUCAAGAAGUAAAAACAUGAAAAAACACAAAAAGGCUGAAAGUAUACUAAAUAAGGGAAAAUCUGUCAUGUCUGUUGAUCAUCCUUUUGAAAGAUCAAAAUCGGGUAAUUUCGAAAAUAGAGAUGACAACGUACAGAAAGCCGGUUCCUUUGAACAGUUACAGGAAGGAGUCUACAAAGGUGUAAGCAGUAAUAGGGACAAUAUAACAUCUAUUAACAUUCAAGAUGAAGAGGAAAAUGUUGAAAAUCAAACCAGAGGAAAAGGUAAACCACUCCAAUCUUGUGGUUGUGGCAAAGCUCCUUCGAAUACAAGCGAAAAGGAUGUUCAAAAGGAUGGAGGAGAUAACACAUCAAGAUCAAUGAAACCAACUGUUAGUUGCCAAUGUGGGAAAAAGAUCCAAGACAAUAAUUUAUUACCUCAAUCCUCUGUUACAUCUGCAACAUCUUUCAAGACUGCUCCUAAUGAUAAAACUAAUGUUACCCCUGAUACUGGAUUUCUUAAACUAAUAGAUGAAGGUGGAUUUGAAACUGGUAAAUUUUAUAUUGGUGCUUCAGGUUUUAUAAAAGACGACAAUUACGAAGUUGUUAUUCAAUUGAGGAAAAAAGAAGGAGAAAAAAAUAACAAUCAAGAAAGUAGAGAUGCCCCUAUUCCUGACAUAGUAGCCGAAAAACUUGGGAUAACAUCUUUUGAGAAUAAACAGAGUACAGUAGAUGAAAGAGAAUCAAAUCGUUUAUCGAAAAAUGUUGAGGAAAAUCUAGUUAAUUCUCAAAAUUUAAUUACAAAUAUGGAAACAAGCAAAGUCGAAGAUAGCAGCAGUGAUGAAGUGCUGAUCAAGAAACAACAAUCAUUAAGUAAAGAAAAAAGUGGAGAAAAUUUGUCAGAAUUAAUUGGAAAACCGCAACCAAUGAAUAUGUGCGAAAAAGCAGUACACACUUCUUUCAAUGAUUGUUAUGCUAUUCCAGUUAAUUUACCUAAAACUGACCCAUUACCAAGACCUGCUACUUCUACUUAUACACAGACAUCAUUCAACUCGUCGAUACAACGUCCAGCAUUUUUGCAUAUGACUUCUUCAACAUCUACGGCAUAUAUGAGUCCCCCUGAAUUGAUCCUGCCAAAUUUUUUAAAACAUGAUUAUGUGAUGACACAAGAAGAACUGUUUGAGUCUGUUAAUAGUAUUGAUCACACAGAUCCUCAAUAUGAAGUAGUAAAAGAUGACAAGGAUUAUAAAAAUUGUAGUUGUAAACAUUGUAUUCAUGGCAAAAAAACUUCUGCCCUUAGUUUAAAUAUCAAAAGAAAGGCGACUAGUACUCCACCAAAUACUGCUAGAAGCCAUCAUUGUAGGGUCAGGAAUAAAAUAAAACAAAUUGAAAAGAGAAAUUUUAAAUGUCACAAAUGCAGAUGUAGUAGUGAAAUGAAAAUAUGUCAUAAAACACAUAGAAAAAGUACUAAAAGUUGUGAAUCUAAUACAACAAAAGAAUAUUCGUGCGAAAAUAAACACAUGAAAGUACAGCCAAGUAAACAUAAAAAUCCUACUAAAAACAAAGAAGAUCGUACAAUAAAUCCUAUAGUUAAAAACUAUGUCAAUAAACUUUUAGAGUUGAAUAGAGAAGGUCUCAAAGCAGUUGAAAUAAUAAAUCAAGAAUGUAGUACAGCAUCAACGCCGGGUAGCUCGAUUAUUAAUAUACCUACUAAUAAAUGGCAAUCAAGCAAAGCUGUAGAAAAUAAAAUAUCCCUGGAACAGAUAAAGAAUAUUCUUAAGCAACAAAUUUUAGAAAAGAAUUACAAUCAAUAUCACAAAAAUAUGAAACUAACUCAUGUCAAGAAUCCUGAAAGACAAACUGAAAAAGUUCCAAAGUUGUUACUAAAAUGCCCAAAAAAAAAGUCAGUACAUAAGGUAAAAUCAUUAAACAUAUCGCGGCAGCUUCUUCAUAAAAAGAAACAUGAUACUCAUCGUCCUAUAGUUGUAAAUAAAUCAAAAAUUUGCACAUCGACAUCUUCAUCUACAAGAGAAGAAAAUAAAGUUACUUGCACAAAUACAAGAGCUGUUGCAUCUAAAAGUGCUCCUAAAGAUACAUCAAUUGAAAAUUCUGAGUACAAAAACAACACCAGUUCUGAUAUAGCAGAACCUUCUGACAAGAUAGAAUUUAAUAAAGUUGUUAAAAAUUUUACAAGACCAGUAAACAAUGAUCACACGACGGCUCUAGAUUCUCGCAAAAUAAAACCAAAUGUCUCUAAACAAAGUUAUAAAAUCUUGAAUUUACAACCACGUGGAGCAAAAGUUACAGCAUCAUCAUCUGAUUCUGAAGUACCCAGUGUUGUGCUCAGACAUAUAAAGCCACAGCUUUUUCCGACUAAUAUAUCAACUCAAACGAAGGAAACUAUUGACGUCGAACAAAACUUCUUGAAGGUAGCAGAGGACAAACUACAAAAUAUGGAAAAGAUAGCGGAUUUGACUGAUAAGUGCACUAAACGUUUAUCAAAUUUAGCAAAAGUUUUAGAAGAAGUUAGAAGAAAUAAAUCUUUGGUUUACAGCCAAAUUUCAACCUCUGAUUCGGCAUCCGAAUCUGAAAACAAGGCUGAUAAAAAUAAUACUGAAAAAGUACCUAGUUCAGAACAAGGUAUAGCUCCUUCUUAUAAACUUUUAAAGGAAGACAUGAAUAAGCAACUUUUUUCUUCACUUAGAAUUCCAACAAAUUUAGAUGAAAAAAAAAUAUCUGUGGACGAUAAAACUCAAUUUAUACCUUUUUUAAUCGAUAUUCCUAAACCUACAACUUUUAAAACACCUUUAAAUGACGAAAAUAUAUCCAUGAAUGAUAAAACUAUGCCAACACAAAGGGGAAUAACAGAACCUGCCAGUGUUAAAGUUAGAGGAAGACCGCCUGCUGCAUUAUCACGUAUAAAUCUAAAAAAUGGAUCAGAAAUAAACGUCACGCCGCAUGAACUGUCAACUGUCCUUGAAGUAGAUUCACCAAUGAGUGUUAAGCUUAAAAAUAAGUCCUCCCGACAAGAUACUAAAAUUAAUGUGCCUGAAAAAAUUCAAAUAUCCAGAGAUAAUGAAAAAGAAACGUGUUAUGUUUCUCCAGAACAUAAAGGAACUCGGAUUGAUCCAGACUUAUUACAAAGCAAUGUAACUGCACCUAAAGUUCAAUCUAAGGUACUGUCUACAGAUUCUUCUGAUGAAUCUAAAAUUCAAAUGAUUGAUCUAAAACAAUUUAACAAUAUUAUGCUUAAACCUUUUAUUACUUUACAAGAAUAUGCAAAGCAAUGUAAUUUUGGCCUAGAAGACGGAUCGAACGUAGAAGACGUUGUGAAAGGUGAACCAAUAAACGAAGACUUAAGUUCCCUACAUUCGGAUGGUAGCUUACCUGACGUUAUUGCCGAAUUAUUAAAAAGAAAUAUUAUUAGUGAACCUUUCAAGUUUGACACUGCUUCUAAUGGUAAUUCGAGUACUAUGUCAUCUGAAUCAACACUGUCGAUGUUAGCUUUAUCAAAAUCGAAGAAAAAGAAAUCAGGGAUUUUAUUAAAAAAUAAAGAAAACGUUGCAGAUACUUCUGAAACAUUAAGCAUAUCAUCUAAUCCUGAUUUAGAGAAUGCGUUUCAAAAGCUUGGUAUGGGGUGGGCCUCUUCUACAUUAAAAAAGACUAAGGAGAGGUUAGCUUUGUCUUCAUCAACCAAUACUUCUAGUUCAAGUUUGACACAAUUCAAAAUAAAACCUUUUAGCCAGGUCAUGCCUAUUUUAGCAACUGAUUCGACAUCAUCCUUGAUUAAUAACUCUAAUGAUGAACGAAAAAAGUCAAACUCGCCAAGUAAAGUUACAAAUAACCAUCAGAAAAAUGCAAUACAGCAGACUUCGUUAACCAAUUCAAUGACCGUAAAGGAGUUUUUGACAAAUGAAUUAGCUAACAAAAUAACGUUUAGUAAUAAGUCUGCGAGAAAAGAUCCAGAUGAAGAAUUUAUUUCAUUAUAUGAAACUAAUAUGCCUGAUGAAUUGAAAAAUACAAAUAUUGGAAUACAAGAGGAUGGUGAUCAGUCAACAUUAGCCAGUAAUAAUGUUAAGGCACGCACUUCCACUCCAGUGCAGAUAUUUAAGUCUACAACAUAUAAAUCCACUUCUAGUUCUAAUACUUCUAAUGGCUUAUUCAGUAAUGCUGAUGACUUGUCUUCCGUGAAAGGAACCUCUAAUUCUAUGCGUAAUCAUUCCACGUCUGACAAGGACGAUUUGACUAUUCCAAAUUAUAGUUUAAAAACGAAAAAAGAUUUAUCUGACUUUAGUAAAAGUGACUAGUGAUAUUACUUAACGGUUGUUUAUUUAUUCGAGCAAAUAUGAAUUUUUAUAUAAAUAUUUUAAUGGCAUGUUACUUAAAAUUGUUGUAAUUUUUAUGUAUAUUAUGAAUAUAA